UGUGCACUCACACGAUAGAAGAAGAGAGACUUCUUUGUCUACCAGACCCCCCAAAAAAAAAAAAAAAAAAAAAAAAGGCAGAAAGAAGAGAGACUGAGGGACUUGGUUCUGAUUCUAACUCCUAAAGUUAUGGAUACAUGUACACCAUCGGCUAGAGUUAAGCCUCUCCAAACCUGAUCAGUUUCUUAUAACUUUUUCUCCUACAAAGUUGAUCUUCAAUCUGGGGCAAAAUGAAGAUACCAGAUCCAGUGGUCAAUGUCCUUGUGCAAGAUUUGAUACAUCAACUCUACACCGAAAGUAAUUAUAUUCUUGAAUUCCAGACUCACUUUGCGGAGAUGAAGACUCAACUUAACCAUAUGCAAUCGUUCAUUAGCGAUGCAGACAGCAUUAAGGAGAAGCAUAAAACUGUCAAGACUACUUUGAUUGAUCUGAGAGAACUCACUUAUGAGGCUGAUGAUUUGCUGAUUGAUUGCCUAAUCCGAGCUGACUAUCAUACGAGGAGAGUGAGUUCCUCUUGCUAUCAUCGUUUCUCUCUUCGUCAAAUUUACUUCCAUUAUCAGACCGGAAAAAAGUUGUCAGGCAUUAAUAACAGAAUCGCCAAGAUGCGCACCAACUUGAGUGACUAUGUCACUCCAAUUCUGGGGCGAAGCAGCGAUGAAGAUGCUGGCAACAGAACUAUAAGGUGGACUUCACAGGUUUACGAUCAGUCCGGGAUUGUGGGAUUGACAGAAGAUACUAGCAGAAUCAAUGGAUGGAUUUUGGCCAGCAAUGAGGUUUUGCAUCGGGUUGGGAUUGUGGGAAUGGGGGGAUUGGGCAAAACCACCAUCGUGCAAAAAAUCUUCAACGACACGCAUGUCAUUGCUCGCUUUGAAAAGAGAAUUUGGGUGUCAAUUUCUCAAACAUUUAGUGAGCUUGAAAUCAUGAAAAGCAUAUUGAGACAGGUAAGAGAAGAUGAUAGUGGAUCUGAUACAGGUCAAAUGUUGCACAGAAUUCACCAAUUGCUCUCUCACAAAUCGUACUUGAUUGUCAUGGAUGAUGUGUGGAGCACGGCCAAUGGUUGGUGGGAUCGGAUCUCUAAUGGGCUAGCAAAGACACCGGGCCAUAGCAGUUGCAUCAUAAUCACAUCGAGGAACGAGGAAGUUGUGAAGAAUAUGGGAGUUGUGGAUGCACGAAUUCACCGGCCAAGGCUUCUAGACGAGGAAGAGAGUUGGUCUUUGUUCUGCAAAGUGGCUUUCAUGGCAACAAAAGGGAUAUGUAAGAAUCUUCAAAUAGAAGGAAUGGGGAAGGAAAUUGUGAAAAAAUGCCGAGGUCUUCCACUCGCUAUCAAGACAACAGGAGGGUUAUUGUACUCGAAAACAUCUUUCAGCGAGUGGAAACGCAUAUGCGAUAAUUUCCACGAAAAAUUAGCGACAGAAGGGAAUAGCUCUGUAAUGGCUUCUUUGCAGCUGAGCUAUGAUGAACUCCCUGCUCAUCUCAAGCAUUGCAUACUAUGUUUCUCAAUUUAUCCCGAAGACCAUGAAAUAAAUGUUGAGCAGUUGGUUCGGUGGUGGAUAGGGGAAGGUUUCGUGCACGAGAGGAGAUCAGAAACCGCGACAGAAACAGCUUAUAGGUUUCUGUCGGAACUAAUCGGUAGAUGCCUCGUUGAUGUCAUGCGAAGGAGGAAUUAUGAUGGGAGAGUUUAUAGCUGCAAAAUGCACGACAUGGUUAGGGACUUGACGAUUAGGAUUGCAAGGGAAGAGGCAUUCACCAGCUUUGAUGAUGGUGGCAGGCAGAUACCCACAAUGGAUUCUCGGCGUUUGGGCGUUACCAAUGAAAUGAAAUUCCAUUCCCUGGAAAAUAAUUCGAAGAUAAGAGCUCUGUUACUCAUGGAUAGUCGAUCAAUUAGACUUAAAAGGAAUGCUGGUUUGGCCAAAGUAAUGUCUCUCAGGGUCUUAGACCUCUCACAUGUUAAGUUGGAAAACAUUUGUGUAUAUGAUUUCUGGGGUUGGAUUAGUUCCUUGAAACGCCUCGCUUGUUUGAACCUAUGUGACGUUGCAAGCCUAAUCGAAGUGCCAGACUCAAUUGGAAAGCUUUGGAGCCUCCAGAUUUUGAUCCUAGCAGAAUGUAGUAACUUGCAGAAAUUGCCAGCAUCGAUCACAACGCUACACAAGCUCAUUGUUUUGGAUCUGGGGAAUUGUCCGGCUCUCAAGUACUUACCGCAGGGGAUUUCGAGCCUCUCUAAUCUUCAAGAGCUCUAUGGAUUCAAACCGGCAAGUCUUGCACACACCGAAAGCUGUCAUUUUGGCGAACUUAAGAAUUUCAUUGACCUUCGAGUGUUACAUUUAGACAUAAACCAAGAAAGCAUAAUUGAGGACGAGGAGCUCGGAGCACUGGCAGAUCUGCAAAAACUGAGGGUGUUAUUGAUCAAUACCGAAAAUUGCGAGGACAUGAAUAUUCUAAAUAAGCUCAACAAGCUCACCCCUCCUCCGCAUCUUGAAGAGCUGUACCUUGGGCAUUAUCAUGGAGAAGCUACACCAGAUUGGAUAAACCCUAACUCACUUCCUGAAUUACAAUAUCUUUGCCUUGAGUAUGCGAGGCUUGUUGAUAUGAGUCCGCUGUUUUGGAGCAGUGAUGGUGGGAAUUCAUGGAAAGUUGAAGGGCUGUGUUUGAAGUUCUUGCCUAGAUUGCAGGUGGAGUGGAGUAGGGUGCAAAGUGUGAUGCCUUCACUGAGGUACUUGGAAGUUAGCCACUGUUAUAUGUUGCAGUCAUUCCCCUGUGAUGUUGUGAAUCUUGGAUCAUGGAUGAAAAGAGACGAAGAAAGCGAGGAUGGCAACUUGAUAGUUGAUACCAUCAAUGCCCAGCGGAGUGUUAUGAAUAAUUAAUGUGCGACUCAGAUUUGUUCGCAACUCGCAUUGAUUUUUCGAGAUACAAUAUAUGUUACUGUAUUUGUUUGUGUAGUUACAGGAUGAUGUUUUUAGGUUUGAUCUCUAUGAAUUGGUAUUGUAUUGUAUUGUUCUAUUAUAUAUAUUGGUCUGAAAUUUGGUAGUUUGUUUGUAAUGGGUUUGCUGACUUAUUUGGGCUUUGCGAGAUAUGAAGCAUAUUAUAUUGGAUUGUAAAAAUGUAACCCAUAUUGGUAAAGUCGAAUACAAUCAUGUACCGUGCUUGGUGGAGACCA